AGGUGACACCAAAGAGGGUGGGUAAGGUGCCGAUGCCAUGUUCACCCUGCUCCCUAGAUGCAACGUUUCUCUCUCGACAAAUUAGUCGAAUUAAAGUGUGAGUUAAGAAGUCGUUGGCAUAUCUGGGCACGAGGACAGUUUUGGGGCAAAGAAAAACGACGGAAAAUAUCGUGCACCUCUGAUGAUGUUAGGUGUGAUCCGCGGUUCUCAUAGCGAGACAAGGAGAGCAAAAUCCUUAAAGGAAUAGGAACGGAUUUUACCAGCAGGUCUUCAAAUUUAACAGUAGAUUUUUUGUAAGAGCGAUUUGGGUUAUCGAAUCAAAUAAUUUUCAAUGGCAACUGAAAUCAAGAAUGCCACUGAAGAACCCAUUCCAACAUCUUCGCUUUUAAUGGCGGCCUCAAAGCACAUUGCUGCCAGCUGCAGGGCACAGAAUAAAGCAUUUUUAGAUUGCAAGAAAGCUGAUUCCAAUCCCGAGAAGUGUUUGGAUAAAGGACGGGACGUUACCAAAUGCGUGUUCAGCCUGUUGAAAGAUCUUUAUGAGAAGUGCCCAAAGGAGAUAAAUGCUUACUCAGGUUGCAUGUACUAUUAUACUAAUGAGUUUGAGUUAUGUCGGAAAGAGCAGGAGCAAUUCGAGCGAGCAUGCCCUCUGCAUAAAUGAUUGAAGGUAACCUUCAAGCAUUAAUUCCACUGGGUCAAGCCACAACAAACCAUAGACUGAUUUUGAUUGUUGAGCAAAGAGGAGAAUCUCUCUUGGCACGCUACAAAAUUUUCACCAAUAAAUUGAUACAAGAUGAUUUUUAGGUUUGACAAAGACAUUCUAUUUGUUGUUUCUUCUGCAAUUUUAUUCUUUGCAUGUGUGCGAUAAAUUGGACCCAUGCUUUAAUUAGUUUUGACCUUUGAAUUUUUAGAUGUUUUUCAUCCAACCUAAUGCAGUAGGACAAUAUCCUCGGUUGGCAGACUUUUUUUAUUUGAAGAUUGCUUCGUCACCAUGCUACAGUCAAGCUGAUACCAUAUAACAAUUUAAGUUCUAUUUUCUACAAGCAAAUUGGAAGCUUUUAAUCGUGGUCAUGUUAGUUCAGUUUA